GAGGACACUGGGCUCACAGAGAAAUCUCCAGAAAGCAAAAAUAUAAUAAUUCCUUCAUCUCCUAGUUUGAUUGAUCAAUGAAUUCUCUGCAACUACACUGCUUCCUCCCUCCCAAACAACACCACCGUCUUCAUCUCCGCUGCUUCACUCCCCGCACGUGCCACUUUCUCAGGAAAAUCAGCUUCACAACCAAGGCCAACGCUAACUCCUUCGCUUGCUUCGCGCAAUCCGAGACGAAGCAAUCAUCAGGCAUCGGAACCGAAGAGACUUCUUUAUCAGAACCUGAACGGCCUCCGUUCGACAUCAAUCUCGCCGUAAUCCUCGCCGGUUUCGCUUUCGAAUCCUACGCUACCCCUCCGGAUAACAUCGGGAAACGUGAGGUUAAUGCAGCUGGUUGUAACACUCUCUACCUCUCAGAGUCAUUUGUAAGAGAAGUAUAUGAUGGACAGUUAUUUAUUAAACUCAAAAGAGGAUUUGAUUUUCCUGCCUUGGAUCCAUGGGGAACGAGUGAUCCCUAUGUGGUGAUGGACUUGGAUGGUCAGGUUGCUAAAAGCAAAACCAAAUGGGGGACAAAAGAGCCCAAAUGGAACGAAGACUUUGUUUUAAAUAUCAAGCUGCCUCCUGCAAAAAAGAUACAGAUUGCUGCUUGGGAUGCAAAUCUUGUCACCCCACAUAAACGGAUGGGGAACUCCGAAGUCGACCUCGAUUCCAUUUGUGAUGGAAACUUGCACGAGGUGCUAGUAGAACUAGACGGUAUUGGAGGUGGUGGGAAAGUUCAACUAGAGAUUAGAUACAAGGGCUUUGGGGAGAUUGAAGAUGAAAAGAAGUGGUGGAAGUUACCGUUUAUUUCAGAAUUCCUUAAAAGAAACGAAAUUGAGUCAGUUUUGAGCAAUCUUGUUGACUCUGAUGCCAUUCCAGCACGUCAAUUUGUAGAGUACGCCUUUGGGCAGUUAAAGUCACUCAAUGAUACUCCUCCUAAGAACACUGAACUUCGAAACAAUAAUAUGGAUUGUUCCAAAGGUGACGAAAACUCUAGCUCAGAGGAUUCAUUAGAUGCCAACAACCGUAGUGAAGAUAAAGAAGGUGAUGAUGAUGGCAGCAGCAGUGAAAGUGGUAGCAUUCAGUCAGAAAGUAAUUUUUGGGAUAGCUUCCCUGACAUAGUUAGUCAAAAUAUCGUCCAGAAACUUGGCCUUCCAUUACCUAAAAAAUUGAAGUUAGAUGGAAUGGAAAUACUGGAAAAAUUUGGUCUACAAUCACGAAAAACUGCAGAAGCUGGUUACAUUGAAUCAGGGCUUGCCACUGCUGAUACUCGAGAAGUUGAUGAUGAAAAGGAAGGUGGUCAGCUUACUACUAACGCACCCAAGUCUUCCAUUAGAGACAUGAAGAGUGCAACACAAGAAUUGCUUAACCAGGCUGAUAAUGUCUUUGGUGCUUUAAUGGUUUUGAAAGCAGUAGUGCCUCAAUUAAGCAAGAACGGUCUUGGUACAGAGAAGGUCUCAGGAGAAAAUGGUGGUUCCGGUGUAAGAGACGAUUUCUCAAGGUUCUCUAAGAGUGAGAAACUCUCUGGUCUAGUGAAUGUUGACAGAGAGGAUGAAAAGAACGCCGAGGAAAUGAAAACACUCUUUUCUAGCGCAGAAAGUGCUAUGGAGGCAUGGGCAAUGCUUGCCACUGCCAUGGGACAUCCAAGCUUUAUCAAAUCUGAAUUUGAAAAGCUAUGUUUCCUAGACAACGACAUCACUGACACUCAAGUGGCAAUUUGGCGUGACGCAAGGAGGAAAAGAGUAGUUAUAGCUUUCCGAGGAACUGAACAGACAAAGUGGAAAGAUUUGCAGACUGACUUGAUGCUAGUUCCUGUUGGUCUAAAUCCUGAACGGAUUGGUGGGGAUUUCAAAGAAGAAGUACAGGUCCAUAGUGGAUUUCUGAGUGCAUACGAUUCAGUACGGAUAAGGAUAAUAUCGCUGCUCAAAAUGGCAAUUGGCUACAUAGAUGAUGAUCCUGAGCGUGAAGAUAAAUGGCAUGUUUAUGUGACUGGCCAUAGCUUGGGUGGGGCAUUAGCUACACUCUUGGCUAUUGAACUUGCGUCAAGCCAAUUAGCUAAACGUGGAGCAAUCACUGUUACUAUGUACAAUUUUGGAUCUCCAAGAGUAGGCAACAAAAAAUUUGCUGAUGUUUAUAACCAGAAGGUAAAAGACAGCUGGAGAGUUGUAAACCACAGAGACAUAAUUCCCACAGUUCCGCGCCUAAUGGGUUAUUGUCAUGUUGCUCAUCCUGUUUAUCUCGCUGCGGGAGAAGUGGAGAACAUGGAUUUUCAUAAAGAUGGUUAUCAUGGUGAGGUGAUAGGGGAAGCAACACCUGAUAUUCUUGUUAGCAGAUUUAUGAAAGGUGAGAAGGAACUUGUUGAACAGAUACUUCAAACUGAAAUCAAAUUAUUCAACGCAAUUCGUGAUGGGAGUGCCCUUAUGCAGCAUAUGGAGGAUUUCUAUUACAUUACACUAUUAGAGAGUGUAAAAUUAUAUUACAAAAAUGUUGAAGAUCUGGAAGGCGUUGAAAAGACUACUAUCUGA